GGCAGCGGGACAAAUAGUCGGCUGCGGGGCGCUGCGGGCACCGCUCCGGCCGGGCAGGGUGAGGGGGGCCGAGCCGCGAUGCCCUCCCGCAGCCCUCUCCGCGCCGCUGCCGCCCUCGCUGCCACCCUCCUGCUGGUCGCUGUCGCCGCGCAGGACCGCGACAUCCCAGCCGAGGCCGGCAGCUGCCUGCAGGACGGGCAGAGCUAUCGCGACAAGGACGUUUGGAAGCCGGAGCCCUGCCGCAUCUGCGUCUGCGACACGGGGACCGUCCUGUGCGACGAGAUCAUCUGCGAGGAGCUGCGGGACUGCCCCAGCCCCGAGAUCCCCUUCGGAGAGUGCUGCCCCAUUUGCCCCACUGACCAGCCCAGCGGAAAACCUGGCCCCAAGGGACAAAAAGGUGAACCUGGAGACAUUAAAGAUGUUGUAGGACCCCGAGGGCCUCCAGGACCCCAGGGUCCUGCAGGUGAACAGGGACAGAGAGGGGACCGCGGCGAGAAGGGGGAGAAGGGAGCUCCUGGCCCCCGAGGCAGGGAUGGAGAACCUGGAACCCCUGGGAACCCAGGACCCCCCGGACCCCCCGGACCUCCCGGCCCCCCCGGGCUGGGCGGGAACUUCGCAGCGCAGAUGGCAGGGGGCUUCGACGAGAAGGCAGGAGGGGCCCAGAUGGGAGUCAUGCAGGGCCCCAUGGUAAAGGACCCCCUCCCCCCUCCCCAAAUCGGGGCUCCAGAGACCCCCACCCCAGGGGGAGGUGGCAGAGGGUCUCACUUUGUCACCCCACCCCGUGCCUAA